UCCUUCAGGCGGAAGUAGACCCUGCAACUUUUCCUCCCCUUCCAACUUGUUUGACUUGCGCACUAGCUGGCAGGGUGUAGUCUGCUCGGAUCCAGCUCCUCUCCUUUCCCCAGCUUCUCCCCUUUUUCCCUCCAGCUGUGUUUUUUUCAUGGCGCUGGUCUUAAACUCGUAAAUUGAGGCGGUAAAAGCGGUGGAUGUUCGCCGGAGAGAGAGAGCGCAGGACCGGGACACAAGUGCAGCAAAGUUUCGCCGCAGUGUUUCUCUCUGCAGCGACCCGACCGUCCCGCAUGAUCCAGCCCUCCGUAGCUGGAGAGUCGCCGCUACAACUUUCUACGGGCGAUUAUUUAUUUAUCUGAGCGGUUUGUGAGCUUUUUAGAACUUUUCUGAGGACGACGGACACGCGCCACCAGCUUUUCCAACUUCUCCUGCUCCUCUAGCUCCAGCUCCACGAACACCAUAACGUUACCAUGUCCCGUCUGGCCCUCGUCGUGAGCGCGCUCGCUCUGACUCUGUGGGCUACGUGCAGCCGCGCGGCCAUGGACGAGUGCGCGGACGAGUCCGGGCGGCCUCAGCGCUGCAUGCCCGAGUUCGUGAAUGCCGCCUUUAACGUGACCGUGGUCGCCACCAACACCUGCGGCUCGCCGCCCGAGGAGUACUGCGUGCAGACCGGCGUCACCGGAGUCACCAAGUCCUGCCACAUCUGCGACGCCCGGGACCCGAGGCAGCACCACAGCGCGGUCUACCUCACCGACUACAACAACCAGGCGGAUACCACCUGGUGGCAAAGCCAGACCAUGCUGGCGGGCAUCCAGUACCCCAACUCCAUCAACCUCACCCUGCAUCUAGGAAAGGCCUUUGACAUCACCUAUGUUCGCCUGAAGUUCCACACCAGCCGUCCAGAGAGCUUUGCCAUCUACAAGCGCACGCGUGAGGGCGGGCCCUGGACCCCGUACCAGUACUACAGCGGCUCCUGCGAGAAAACCUACAGCAAGCUGAACCGAGGCUUCAUCCGCACUGGUGAAGAUGAGCAGCAGGCGCUUUGCACGGACGAGUUCAGUGACAUCUCACCACUCACCGGUGGAAACGUGGCCUUUUCCACACUCGAGGGCCGACCGAGCGCGUACAACUUCGACAACAGCCCUGUACUGCAGGACUGGGUGACGGCCACAGACAUCCGGGUGACCCUGAACAGGCUGAACACCUUCGGAGAUGAAGUCUUCAACGAUCCCAAGGUCCUCAAGUCCUACUAUUAUGCCAUCUCCGAUUUUGCUGUGGGAGGAAGGUGCAAGUGUAACGGCCACGCCAGCGAGUGUGUGAAGGACGAGUACAGCAAGCUGGUGUGUAACUGCAAGCACAACACCGAGGGGGACGACUGCGGCGUCUGCAAGCCCUUCUACAACGACCGGCCCUGGAGGAGAGCCACGGCCGACAACCCCAACGAGUGUCUGCCAUGCAACUGCAACGGGAAGAGCGGCGAGUGCUACUUCGACUCGGAGCUGUACCGAGCCACGGGUCACGGAGGCCACUGCCGGAACUGCGCAGACAACACAGAUGGGCCCAACUGCGAGCGCUGUCUGGAUAAUUACUACCGAGAUGGAUCGGGCCAGCGCUGUCUGCCCUGCAGCUGUAACCCCGUGGGCUCUCUCAGCACCCAGUGUGACAUUACAGGUCGCUGCAGCUGCAAACCCGGCGUGAUGGGAGACAAGUGCGACCGCUGCCAGCCUGGAUACCAUACAUUGACUGAGGCGGGCUGCAGCCCCUGCUCCUGCAACCCUGCUGGAAGCACUCAGGAGUGUGAUGUGAAUACAGGACGCUGCCAGUGCAAGGACAACGUGGAUGGCUUCAACUGUGACAGGUGUAAACUGGGCUACUUUAACCUGGACCCUCAGAAUCCUCAGGGCUGCACACCAUGCUUCUGCUUCCAUCAUUCCACAGUGUGUGAGAGUGCAGAUGGCUACAGCAUACAUACCAUCACCUCCAACUUCGAUCGGGAUGAUGAAGGCUGGAAGGGUAAGCAGAGAGACGGCUCCAGUGUUCCAGUGCAGUGGUCCUUAGCUUCUCAGGAAAUCUCCCUCAUCUCUGAUGACUACUUCCCCAUGUACUUUGUGGCACCAGCGAAAUUCCUUGGUAACCAUUUGCUGAGCUACGGACAGAACCUCACUCUGAACUUCCGGGUGGAUCGGCGUGACGCUCGUCUCUCUGCUGAGGAUGUGAUGCUGGAGGGGGCGGGGCUGCAAGUUGCUGUGCCCCUAAUUGCACAGGGAAACUCUUAUCCUGGAGAGCAGAUGCAGACUUUUGUUUUCAGACUCCAUCAGACUACAGACUAUCCCUGGAGGCCAGUGCUGACACACGGAGACUUCCAGAAGCUUCUCCACAACCUUACCUCCAUCAAAAUCCGUGGUACCUACAGUGAGAGAAGUGCUGGGUACUUGGAUAACGUGUCUUUGGUGAGUGCACGGCGCGGUCCUGGAACUCCAGCGCGCUGGGUGGAGAAGUGUACGUGUCCUCCGGGUUACGUGGGUCAGCACUGUGGUCAGUGCGCUCUGGGAUACAGGAGGAGCAGGCCUGAGCUGGGUCUCUACAGCCCCUGUGAGCCCUGUAACUGCAACGGACACAGCGAAACCUGCGACCCUGCAACAGGAAUGUGUAACUGCCAGGAUAAUACUGCAGGAAUGAGCUGUGAAAGGUGUAAGGACGGCUUUUACGGCGAUGCUACAGUUGGAUCAUCUUCUGAUUGUAAACCCUGCCCGUGUCCCUCAGGGGCCACAUGUGCACUUGUGCCCAAAACCAAGGAGGCGGUGUGCACCAACUGCCCAGCAGGCACUACAGGUAAGCGCUGUGAGCUGUGUGAUGACGGUUUCUUCGGUGACCCGCUGGGAAAGAGCGGUCCAGUCCGAGCCUGCAGGGAGUGUAAAUGCAGCAGCAACAUCGACCCUAAUGCCGUAGGAAACUGCGACAGAGAGACUGGAGAGUGUCUGAAGUGCAUCUACAACACAGACGGCUUCUUCUGUGAUCGCUGUAAAGAGGGCUUCUACGGCAACGCUCUGGCCACCAACGUCGCUGACAAAUGCAAACCUUGUUCCUGCUCUCCAUACGGUACUGUGGACCAGCAGACCACCUGCAUGCAGGUGACUGGUGAGUGCACGUGUUUACCCCACGUCACCAACCGAGACUGCAGCGCCUGCCAGCCUGGAUUCUACAACCUGCAGAGCGGAAAGGGCUGUGAACGUUGUAACUGCAACCAGAUCGGCUCUACUAACGGUCAUUGUGACAUUGUGAGCGGGCAGUGUGAGUGUCAGCCGGGGGUCACAGGUCAGCAGUGUGAGCGCUGUGAGGUCAACUUUUUCGGAUUCAGCACCUCUGGCUGUAAACCCUGUGACUGUGACCCUGAGGGCUCUCGGCUGGCGCAGUGCAGAGAGGACGGGCGCUGUGAGUGUCGUCCAGGCUUCGUGGGAGCUCGUUGUGAUAUGUGUGAAGAGAAUUACUUCUACAACCGCUCUACUCCAGGCUGCCAGCAGUGCCCCAACUGCUACAGCCUCGUGAGGGACAAGGUGAACCAGCACAGACAGAAACUUCAUGACCUGCAGACUCUGAUCGACAACCUCGGCACCCAGGACACAGUGAGCGAUAAGGCUUUUGAGGAUCGUCUGAAAGAAGCUGAGAAGGCCAUCAUGGAUUUACUGAAGGAGGCACAGGCCAGCAAAGAUGUGGACAAAGGCCUCUUGGAUCGUCUUAAGGGCAUCAACAACACUCUGACCACCCAGUGGAACCGCCUGCAGAACAUUAGGAACACUGUGGAUAACACUGGUACUCUGGCGGAUAAAGCUCAGAACAGAGUGCGCGAGGCGGAGAAACUCAUCGACCGAGCCAGAGAUGAGCUGGACAAGGCAAAGGACGCCAUCAGCAAAGUGGAUAUCAAAACUCCGACAACCACUGGAGAUCCCAACAAUAUGACCCUCCUCGCUGAAGAGGCUCGCAACCUGGCAGAGAAGCAUAAGCUAGAAGCUGAUCAAAUAGAGAAGACUGCGAAAGAUGCCAACGACACUUCUACCAAAGCUUACAACUUACUGAAGAAGACUCUGGAUGGCGAGAAUAAGAUCAACAGUGACAUUGAUGAACUCAACAAGAAAUACAGUGAGGCAAAGGAUCUGGCAAAGAACCUGGAGAAACAAGCCAGUAAGGUGCAAGCUGAAGCAGAAGAGGCGGGAAACAAAGCUCUGAAGAUCUACGCCAACCUGACGAGCCUGCCACCCUUCGACGUCAAGUCCCUGGAGGAUGAGGCCAGCAAAAUAAAGAAGGAAGCGUCAGACCUGGAUAAACUUAUUGACAAGACUGAGAAGGAGUACAAUGAUCUGAGAGACGACCUGAAGGGUAAAGAGAACGAAGUGCGCAAACUGCUGGAGAAGGGGAAGACCGAGCAGCAGACGGCGGAUCAGCUGCUGGCGCGGGCGGAUGCAGCCAAGGCCCUGGCAGAGGAGGCAGCAAAGAAAGGGCUUUCCACUUACCAGGAGGCCCAGGACAUUCUCAGCAAUCUCAGAGACUUCGAUAAGAGAGUAAAUGACAACAAAACCGCAGCAGAGGAGGCCAUGAAACGUAUCCCAGAAAUCAAAGCCAUAAUCAACGCAGCUAACGACAAGACCCGCCAGGCCGACGCCGCGCUGGGAAACGCAGCAGCUGAUGCUAAAGACGCCAAAUCCAAAGCAGAGGAAGCUGAGAAAAUCGCCAGCAAUGUGCAAAAGGGUUCAGCUAAAACUAAAGCAGAUGCAGAGAAGGCGUUUGAAGAUACUAUGAAACUGGAUCAGGAGGUGAACGACAUGAUGAAGCAGCUGGCGGCUGCAGAGAAAGAGCUCGGCGAGAAGAAGAAGGAGGCAGACAAUGACAUGAUGAUGGCUAGCAUGGCCUCUGAUAACGCAAAGACAGCUGAGGAGAACGCCCGGAAAGCCAAAGACGCUGUCCGCACUGUCCUCGGCACAAUCAACGAUUUACUCGGCCAGCUCGGCAACAUCGAUAAAGUGGACCUGACCAAACUGGACCAGAUCGACAGCUCCCUGAAGGACGCCAAGGACAAGAUGGAGGGCAGCGAGCUGGACAAGAAGCUCAACGAUCUGAACGACAUCGCCAAGGGCCAGGAGGCCAUGAUCAAUGACUACGACCGGCAGAUCCGCGAGAUCCGCGCCGACAUCGCCAACCUCAACGACAUCAAGAACACUCUUCCUGAAGGCUGCUUCAACACGCCGUCUCUAGAGCGGCCUUAACCUCGCUCCUCCUCCUCACUCCAAAACCUCCCUCUUCUCCUCUGUUCCUCGUCUGUGCCACACCUUUCGCCAUCUAACACUCGGGGGGGCAGGACGCCACCCUUUACCAAAACAGCUUUUCCUCUCUUUUUUUUUUCUUCUUUUUUUCUUUCAAGUCUUGGUUGUUUUUAGCUUUGUUUUUUUAUUUUAUUUCUACGUGUUUAGAGAUAAAAGCAGCUCUUUUACGCCUUUUUAUUUUUGUCUUUUGGAUAUGCAGCGUCGCUACAAGGUGAAGAAAACUCUGUAUCGAAAAAUAUAUGGAAAUGGCUCGCACUGAUGUUGAGUUGUGUGCGUCCUCACUGCAGCCUGACUUAGGAGAGGAAGCCUCUGUAUAGAGUCGAAUGUGAUCCCACAUGACUGCACCACCUCCACUUCUUCUUCUUCUUCAUCCUCCUCCUCCUCAUCAUAGUGUCUCUCAGCUCGUCUGCCCUCCUGCAUUACGAUAAAGCUGUGAAGGCUGCCUGUCCGCCUCGACCAGAGGGGGACAUCGUUCCGGGGACAUCGUUCCGCCGCCUUCAGGAGGGGCGUGGUUUUAUUGUUUUUUUUUGUUGUUGUUUGUUUUUAGUUUUUUAAGCUAUUGUGUCCAACCAUUACACUACACUACUCUACACUGAUCCUGAUAUACUGCUUUCAUUGGUUCAGAAAACGGACAGUGAAGGAAUCUUCUGCUGUGUCUUCUCUUUGUCAUCUGUCUUCAUUUCUUUCUCUCUCUCUCUCUUUCUCUUAUUCUCUCUCUCUCAAGUUACAAGCCCCAUCCUGUGCGAUGGUCCUGUAGAGAGAGAUUUAAUUAACCCACACUUCAGUAUUGAGAGCUUGACUUGAGUCGGUCCACAUGUGCCUCUUAACCAUAAACAGUGACAUUGUGCUCAUGGUCUAAAUGCAUUUCAUGUACACUACAUAAAUCAUGUUCAUAUGUUUAAUAUUUUAUUUUUGUUUUAUUUUAUUUUUUUAAUUCCCAGAAGCUGCUGCUUUUCUGUGUACUGCAAAUCACGUUAACCUCUUUUUUUUUUUUCUUGUUUCGUUUUCUUGUUUUAAUUUCCCUUCAAGACAAAAUCCAACACUAUGCAACUUUGUACAUUUUGCGUAGCAAGACGUUUAUCUGAUACACUGGUGCUAAUAACUAUUUCAAAUGUUAUAUUUUUGUGUGAAUGUUUUUUUUAUUAUUAUUAUGAUAUAGAGUGAGGAUUUGUUAUUUGUGUAAAUAUAUGCAUAAAUGUUUUCAGGAAUGGCUGAUUUAAAAUAAAAAUAAAAUCUACUACAAAAAAACACACAAAAAAAAGCUACGAUCCAACCAGCCACCUCAUAGGUUAUUUCACAAGAGAGAAAAAGAAAUCAGUUGAAACCUCCACCUCCGUAAUAAUAUAUAAAUAUAUAUAUAAAAUGUUCUGUGGUAUAAUAUGCUUGCUUGUAUACAUGGCUCCGUUUUGUUGCCUCAUAGCUUCGCCGUUUAUUUUAAUUUUUGUGAUUUAAAUUGCGACGGGUGGUUUUUAAAGUCGACGAUGGAUGAUGCUUUGGCGAGAAGAGUCCUCACCCUUAACUCGACUGUCCGAACAGUCUAAAUGUGUGCGUCUAACAUUUCAGAGAGUAUUUUUCCAGGAUCGGUCGUUCACCCUGCUGAAGACAGUAAGAAGGGUUGCACAUCGCUGCGCAACACAUCGCUAGUUGAUUAGCUUUGGUGGGGUUUGGUGCCUUUCACACUCGGGUUAGACGAAAGUCGCACGAGUUGCACAUUUCUGACGUCCUUAUCUGUUUAAGAAGCUGGGCGAUGUAUGUAGAGACACUACAGACCAUUUAAACGCUACCUUUUGUUUGAUUUAUUAUUGUUUUUAAUGUCUGGUGGGCUUUUUAAUGUUUCCCAGGCUUAGAUUCUGGCUGCGCUGUCUUUAAAUCUACCACCUGGCGCGUUUCACCCAGUGAUGUGGGAUAUAACUGUGGAAUCUGUCACCAAAUUCUUUUUUUUUUUUUAUAUAUAUAUAUAUAAACCCCUCCCACUGCUUCCUCUCUACCACUGUGGACAAACGUGCAACAUACUACACAGUCAUGUAUAAAACAGUAUUUCUAAUUUAUAAUGUAUCAAGUAUUUUAAUCUGUUGUUUUAUUAGUAUGCGUACGAAUAUGUUGCACAGUCUGUAGGUUGGUUGUUAUGGAGAGCAUGUUCUGUUCAAGGGUUUAAACCCCUCCCCUUCCCCCUUUUUAAAUUUUUUUUAUUUUUUUUUUAUUUUUAAGGCACUCCUUUCACGAACACUCUGACGGACCUGAGAAACUCCAGCUUGUUAUCCAUUUUUUUUGCCUGUAAAUCCAAUUGUGUAACAUUUGAAUAAUAAACCGUGGUUAUUACAGGA